GCUGCGGCAGCUUGACUCUGUGGGUGAGGAGAGGAGGAGAGAGGAGGAGAGAGAGGAGCUCCGCCAGAGGACCAGGGAGAGCGUGGAGAGGAAUCCCAGCAGCCCCCGGAGAGAGAGAGAGAGCCGGACCAGGCUGGACCCCCCCACCCCCGCCCCCGGAGGAGGACCCGAGAGAGACCCACGUUGCCACGGGAGAGGCCUCGGUUCAGGGCUGCAGGAUGUUCACUUCAGUGAAGGCCUUCGAGGGGCAGCAGUACUCCACCCUGAAGAGGCAGUGCUUGCAGAGUGGCCUGCUCUUUGAGGACCCCCGCUUCCCUGCCACCGACGACUCGCUGUUUUACCAGGGCAACAGGAUCGGACGUGUGGUCUGGAAGAGGCCUCGGGAGCUGUGUGAAGACCCCCACCUGUUUGUAGACGGCAUCAGUGCUCACGACCUUCACCAGGGGCAGCUGGGGAACUGCUGGUUCGUAGCGGCUUGUUCCAGUCUGGCCUCCAGAGAGUCUCUGUGGCAAAAAGUCAUUCCCGACUGGAAGGAGCAGGAGUGGGAUACGGAAAAACCAGACUCCUACGCUGGGAUUUUCCACUUUCGCUUCUGGCGCUUCGGCGAGUGGGUGGACGUGGUGAUCGACGACCGGCUACCCACGGUGGACAACCAGCUGGUCUACUGCCACUCCAAUGACAGCAACGAGUUCUGGAGCGCCCUGGUGGAGAAGGCCUAUGCCAAGGUUUACGGUUGUUACGAGGCUCUGGAUGGAGGAAACACGGCUGACGCGCUGGUGGACUUUACAGGUGGUGUUUCUGAGCCCGUGGACCUGCUGGAGGGUCAGAUGGCAACAGAUGAGGCGGCUCGUAACCAGCUGUUUGAAAGAGUCCUCAAAGUCCACAACAGGGACGGCCUCAUCAGCUGCUCCAUCAGGGCGACCACGAUAGAAGACAUGGAGGCUCGUCUGGACUGCGGUUUGGUCAAAGGCCAUGCCUACGCUGUGACGGACGUACGAAAAGUGCGACUGGGUCACGGACUGCUGGCCUUCUUCAAGUCGGAGAAGCUGCACAUGAUCCGCAUGAGGAACCCCUGGGGGGAGAAGGAGUGGAGUGGCCCCUGGAGUGACAGUUCAGAGGAGUGGAACAAGGUGAGCAAGAGUGAGAGAGAAAAGCUGGGUGUCACCGUGCAGGACGAUGGCGAGUUCUGGAUGACGUUCGAUGACUUCUGCCAGUACUUCACCGACCUGAUCCUGUGUCGCCUCAUCAACACCUCCUACCUGAGCAUCCACAAGACCUGGGAGGAGGAGGUGAUGAGGGGCUCCUGGGUCCACCGCCAGGAUCCCCUUCGCAACCGGUCCGGAGGCUGCAUCAACCACAAGGCCACCUUCCUGCAGAACCCUCAGUAUGUUUUCGAUGUGAAGAAGGUGGAGGACGAGGUGCUGAUUUGCUUACAGCAGAAAGAGAAGAGAGCCACACCCAAAGAGGGAAAAGGGGAAAACCUCGCUAUAGGCUUCGAUAUACACCAGGUGGAGCUAAAUCGGAAAUACCGUAUGCACUCAGCCCAGCAGAAAGUAGCGGGCUCCAUCUACAUCAACUCGCGCUGCGUCUUCCUCAGGAAGGAGCUGAAGGAGGGCCGCUACGUCAUCAUUCCCACAACCUUCGACCCCGGACAGCAGGGCGACUUCCUGCUCCGCGUCUUCACUGAUGUGCCUUCAGACUGCAAAGAGCUGACUCUGGACGAGCCUCCUCAGACAUGCUGGACGGGGAUGUGUGGCUACCCUCAGCUGGUCACUCAGGUCCAUGUGCUGAACGCCGACGGUCUGCAGGGACAGGACUCCAACGGAGCCGUAGAUCCCUACGUGAUCAUCACCUGCGAAGGAGAGAGGGUUCGUUCUCCGGUUCAUAAGGACACACGGUGCCCAAACUUUGACAUCAAAGGCCUGUUUUACCGCAAGAAACCCAAGGAAGGAAUCCACAUCGAGAUCUACAACAAGAACAUGAUCGUGGACACCUUCCUGGGUCAGGUGAUCUUGUUCAGCGACCCCAACGAGCGUCAGGAGCAGCACACGCUUCACCUGCGCGACAAGGGCAGUCGCCAGGACAACGACCUGCCGGGCACGCUCACUGUGCGCCUCAUCACCUCCACCACCCUCACCAACAUCUGACGCAAUCGUCCGUACGAUCGUAACCAUUAAACCCCUCAAGGCAACGUUCGAAUCGCGCCUGCCGCCCAUCCUCACCGUUCAUCUUUCAGCCAUCGCGGGAGCUCACUGUGUCUUUUUCUGCCGCUUGUGCUCUCUUUGUGUGUCUCUUUUUUUCCGUUUUCCCUGUUUUCUUUUGCCUCAGCGUUCGUAUUUGGCUUUGUUAUCGGGGUUUUUGAAGGCCUGCAUCUAUAUAUCUGGACGGAUAGACAAUACUGGGGGUUUGUAUAGACUAUCUUUAAAACACAUUCCUGCCAAAAUUGUCCAUUAAUUUAGAGUUUGCUUCAGGAUAUUUGUUCUUAAAGUAGGCUUCAUGCAGGUUUUGUAGCCAGAAUCUCCUUCAACAACAACUGAGCUACAGUUUGACAAAAAGAAGUUUUAUCAGAUCAGUUGUUGCUCUGAUCAGCUGUUCUGCAUAUUGUUAUACACAAACACACACACACACACACACACACACACACACACACACACACACACAUACAUGCACAUACGAUACAUAUGCAGACAUUUCUGCACUCAACAUGCAUGUGCCAAUGUUUCCAAGGGCUAUGCAUUGCCUUAAGGCUGAGUCUGUCUCUCCACCUUGAGGAGACGGGGGGUUAUGUUAAAUACUUUUAUCCAUCAGCUGUUCUCAGUAUUAGCACAGCCUCCAUUUCUGUUCCUUAACGUCUGCAGUACGCCCUGCUUUUCGCCAUAGUGCUGUCCGCUUCUGUCUCCUAUAUAUUGACAUCAUGUAUACUCUUUUAUAUCUGUGGAUAAUCCCCCCACCCAGUCGGCCCGCCCAGACACCUCAAGUCUUCAGCAGUUUGCCGGUGCUUUGGAGAGCAUGCAGCACUGUCUGUCACUUUUUACUGUGGACUUUACAAACGAAAAGCCAACAGCAGCUAUCCUCUCCCUCUACUGAGAGCUUUUCCAUGUUGUUCUGUGAGCGCGCUCAUGUGUGAAGUCUUGCCUCCCGUCUUCCAUCUCUACGACCAUCCCAAACUCCCCCGAAACGCUUUCUGCCGGUUGCUAUGGACGAUCUCAAAAACUGCAUGGCUUAAAAAAAAACUGAACUCUGCCUGUGCUGCACAUCUCUGCAGUCGUAGCUUAGCAGCCGGUGCUUUCCGAUAGUGCUACCCUUCCUCCUUCUGAUCCUCCCCCCUCCCUCCAUGCGUACACCUUUCCAGUCUAGCGGAGUGCAAAGAUUCACCCUGACAUAAAUCAAGUGCUUUAUGGGACCAAAGACGAGCCAGGCCCUCCGCUCUCUUAGUCCCUUUCAGAUCGGCCUGGCCUGGCCUGGCCCGAGCCUAGCUACAAACCACCACCCCCUGUGCCACAUCAUCUCUUAACGGCAACACCACUGCCUGACGCUUCCUCUGACUUGAGUCUGUUGGCCUGGGCCAAAGACUCGCGCCACGUGAUCCAGAAGACAGCAGCUGUGCUUCUGCUGUUGGCACAGAACAGGCGUGAGUGUGUGUCUGUGUGCGACAGUGAGGUUGUGUGACUGAGUCCUGCUAGUGUCAGCGUUGCUCUGAGUGCAUGAGUACGAGUGUUUGGGUGAAUGUGUAUCCAUGUUGCACCUGGAAGAAGAAGAAUUUCUGAGGAAAGGUGUGCACCGAACAGAAAAGAGCCCUUUAGGGGAAAACACACCUUGCACUUUAUUUAGUUUCGAUGGGUUAAAAAGACCCUCGAGGAUGACAGAGAGAGGUGUGCUAGCAGAAGAGACGUCCUGCCAAACAAUCUGUGCCAUCACUUUGGUCCUGGCUUUGCCUCCACAGCAGGAAAACAGCGUGGAAGAACUUUUUGAUUUCAGAUGGUUUUGCUUAUUGAACCAACACUGGUACAAUGUAAUCAAUCUCUGAUGAACCAUGACAUUUCUUGCAAAGAUCAUGUGGCCAUCCAAUCUGACCUUUUAGCACCUAGCGGGCUUUUUGUGACAGGAGCCCAGACAGAAAAAUCACAACCUGUGUUUCGUUUAUUCAAAAGUGCAAUCCGAGUUUUUUAUAAACUUUUGGUUGUGACUUGGUCUUUUUUUUCCUUAAGUUUCAUAAAAAGAAUUUAAAAUGUAAGUUACUGUCAUUAUCAAGAUGUUUCCUUUGAAUGUAAGACGAACAGUUAGUGGACUAAUCUCUCAAACUAUCAAGUCCUUUUUCCUAAUUUUUCAGCGCCUUUUUUCCAUUACUUGAACUGUCACACAUGGCAUUUAAUUGGUCGCACAUCUUUGUGUACAGCAUCUUUAUAAAUGUGUCUUGCAUGGGUUAUUUUUUCAAUAUGUUCAUGGCCUUGUAUUGUACUGUUCAAUUGUUACUAUAUAUAUUUAUUCUUUCGAUCUCAAGAGUCUUGGAAAUGCUAGGUUUGAGCAUGUCUACACUAAUGCACCUCAUGUCCGUCUGAUCAUAUCAACCAGUUUGAAACAGUUAUGUCUUGUAUUACAGUGAUGCAUUCAUAAUGCCUCUAGCAUCGGUGAAUAUUAGCAGCAGUUGUUGACUACUAUUUAGGUGCUAUUUAUCUUCUCUGUGCUCUUUUGUUGUUUUCAGUCUGACAGAAUGUGAGAGUAAAGUAACACAAGACUGAAUUUGAAACGGCCAGUGUUAGAAACUGUGGUGCCAAGCAGUGUAAGAGUAGAUGCUGGUUUUAAUUUGCAAAUCAUACCAGAAAAGAAGGAAGCCCAUCUCCCUUUCUCAUUAAAUGCUGUUAAAGUGUCCUUGUGCAUGACACUGAAGUCCUAACUAUAGUUACAAUAGUUAGCUAACUGUGUAAAAACAGCCUCUCGUACAUCUUUAGUUCCUCCAGCUCAAUACUGUGAAUAUGUUCAAAAUCAGCUUGAAAUAGCAAGUGAUGAGAUGAUAGUCAGAGAUUAUUAGUGCCAAAGGUUGUAGGUCACUGCAUGGAUGUGGUUGCAGUUUCUGCGAGCUGCAUAGCUAAUCAUCAGAUUUCCCAAAAAUAAAUAUCUUUAUCUAAAACUUACUUAGGUUGUGAACAUAUUUCUAUCAUCCUUAAUGACUCUUCUAAACAUCUGGAUGAACAAAUGCUCAGUUUCUUGUCGUGUUUUUAAUCCGUUUCCCAAUCUGAAGGUUUAAAAAUGAUAUGACAUUAAUUUGUCUGUACAUUAAAGGGGCACAUUUCCCGUGAGCCUCGGCGCACACUGUCGCAAACCGUCAUAAACGAGCGAGCAAGCCUCAGGAAAGCCGGCGGAGUUGAAAUCAUUGUUGAACAAUAACGUGUGUAAAUGACUCCGCGGUCUAAUGUUGUAAAACCGAGUUGUCAAAGCUGCUCCGAGCUACAGAGUUAACCGAACGUUACCUCCGAGCUAACGUUACAUUAGCCAAUACCCACACAGUGUUUUUGCCACAAAGUUAGUCAGCUAAACCAGUCACAGUCAAACUAAUCCCAUAGUCUACUAACCACACAUUGCAAGCAACACACACAAAAGACAAAAGAAUUGUAUCAAACUUACAAAGAGCUAAAGUUAAGUACCUGUCUAGGAGAAGCACAGCCAGCUCGGCAUCUGUUUUGAUUCCUUUUUGCUCCCGGAAUUCUCUCCACCUCUGAAAUGCCUGUCCAAGAUGAACUUUUCUUUUGCUUCGUUGUCGAUCUGACAACCUUUUUGCUUGCAGACUUUGCUCCGUUCGCUUCCUUUUGCGCUCCAUGUGUGCCGUCUUCUCAACCAACUCUCCGCUCUGCUACUGCUAAAAACAACUAGCUCCGCUCUGCUACGCUCCGUCAGCGCACGCGCACCGUAUUUGCUGUAAAUCGCUCCGUCUCUCACAGGAAAUUCUGGACGAGUCGUCAAAAAAUUAAUAAAAUACAAAUCUUUACAAAACCAAAAUGAUUCAUGAAUCGAAAAUGGGGCAUUAAUAAGUGUUAAUAACGAAGAUUCAUCCACAUUAAUAUGAGACUUUGUUACGAGCAUAAAAAUCUUCCUCGGUGCCCCUUUAAUGUUACUUUUCAUUUUAAAUUUAAAAAAACAAUAUGCUGUAUUGUGUUGAAGAACAAGUCCUAGAUAAGAAAUACUAUCAUCAAAACUUGAAAAAUGUGGUUAAUCUAUGGAUCGCAUCUGUGUGUUUCAAGAUUACACAUUUACAAGUUUUUUGUUCCUAUGAAAAUAAUCCCUUCCCGCUUUAAACUAGCUUAGAUAUAACUCUACACCAUUGCUUGCUCUAGACUAUGCAGAUCUAUAAAAUUUUCCUCUCUUUUUACAGUCAUUUCCAUGUACACCAGCUCACUCACAAUCCUGCAAAUAGACAGGGUUGGUUCCUUUUUGGUUUGAAAGCUGAGUGUUUGUCAGAGCAGUUUCAAGGUGCAUAUGCUCAUCCAUGGUUGAGACUCCAUAUAGUGUAUAAAAACCACCAUAUGGAUAUGCUACCAAGGGGAAAAAAUGUUGAUUUUCACUAUGUAGUUUGCUAUUUUUCCUGUGAGAUGAUCGGAAGAGUCUUUGAGGAGCCUGGAAAUACCUUCACAAAUUUUGAAUAAUAAGAUUUUCAGGUGUCUAUUUUUCCAAAAACCUGUGACUUGAACACAGUGUUAACAUAUUAAAUCUAGAAAUUGAUGACAGCAGGACACUGGCAUGAGCUCCAACCAGACAAAUACCCUCCCAUAUCCUGCAUCCGAGUUGUUGUGACAGGCAGGAGCUAUCAUCUGUAACCCAGAUUUAAUUCACAGGGUAACAAACAGAUAAACCACAUGGGGUCCAGUUUGCCCAUAUGGUCUCUUGUACCCCCCAUCAUCAUCCUGCUUACUGUAGGUUGACUAAAAAUGCAUCACAUGUAGCCCAACAGUGCCCCUUAGCAGCCCAUAAUUCCCAUAGAUUAAACCCGUAUUUAACAGAUGUCUUUAUUAUUGAAUUAAGCUGUAUACUGAACAGUCAUCAGUUAGCUGUGUAGCACCAACGGAGCAAGUAGCCAACAUUGGAAGCUCAUUUUUUUUAUCUGUAAGCACAACGUCCAGGUGACACAUGGACUUGGAAACCAAACAUUGGUGUUCACAAAAAUCUAAAAGGUUUAAAAAUACAGUAAAAGUUCAAGCUUAUCACCAAAAUACAUUGGGUCAACACCGACAUAUAACAGUAUAUCACAAUUUAUAAUAUUUUACAUUUGUGUAUACUUGCGUAGUUGUGAUUUAACUGUUAAAAAAUUACGUAAUAACUUUGUAUUAUUCAUAUUAGAUUACAAAGAGAAAAUUGGUAAAUGCCACGUGGUACAUUCAUGAAUGCCACUUCUAAUCUUGGUCAGUGUUUAAAGUUAUAUUUGUACCAUUUUAAUAUUUGUGAAACAGUAAGUAUUUUUGUUUGGAAACUGUUUCCUAUUAGCCAUUUAAAUACAUGUGAUAUAACUCAAAUUUUCUUUCUAUACAGAGAACAAAAUAACACCAGAAGAAAACGGUAUGAAGAACUAUAAAAGAAAAGAAAUGACGAGCGCUGAAGUUUGCUUGAAAGUGUUGUCAUAGACAUGUAGCAUCUAGUGACCCUGUGGUUUACAUAACAGUGUAAUUUGGUACACACGAAGUAAACCCAGAGAGACUAGUGCACAUCAAUUAGAUAACUAUCAAAUAAAAACUUGCUUUUUAAAUUGUUUUUAUGCUGGAGUGCAAUUCUACUUUAACAGUGUGGUCUGAGAGGCCAUUUUCAUUGUCUGCUGCCAGUUUUUAUAAACCCUGGGAGCGCUGACGGUUUCAAUAGGAGGGGUGCAAAUGCACAGACCAGCUGCCAACAUGUAGAAAUAGAAACUCAGAUUACAACACACAUAAAAUGAGUGUGUUUUCAUUUCCUGCUAAGGACAUAUUCGUAUGAUUUCUGGAAGUACAACUAUAUUAAGAACAAGAACUAUUAAAAAAUUAUAAUACAGACAAGUUAGCUCCUGUUUUUAGAUAUUCUCCCACAUUGGUUGCCGACUUUUUGGCAUUCUGUUUUAAAGAAAAUGCAGCUGAACCAACAACUUUGACAGAGUCACUUGGAACCAACUCUGAGUGUGGUUUAGUAAACGUUAAAAAAGGUCAGACCGAGCACCUCAAAGUUGGGAAAACAAGUGUUCAACUGAUUGGAAUUUUGUAGAGUGAAAGCAUAUCAACCAACCAAUUAACCAGCCGACUUGGACGCUGCAGCUCUAAACGUUAGCACGCUAACAUGGCAAACUAAGAUGGUGAACUUAGCAAACAUUGCACCUGCUCAACAUCAGCGUAGCACCUGUGUAGCUGCAGACUCUUAGUCUUUUCUCUGUAUAUGAGUACGACAAAGUCAUUCUAUUUUGAUUCCAUGUCAGUUCUCAGUAAACUGAACCAUUUAUAUACUGUUUGCUCACGAUAAAUAGAACAAGAGUGGAAACAUCUUCUGACAAGAAGUAAUUCAGUAUUCGUAAAUGUGCCACGUUUUUUGACAAUAUUUGUUUUUUUCAGUCAUUUAUGUUUCUUUUUCAGAAUUUCUUUUGAAAUAAUGCUCGUACUGUAAGGUUUCACAUCAGGUUUUUGUCAGCUACCGCUUCUGUUAUUUCGUCCCCAGCUCUGUUUUUUUCUUUUUACGGAUGUGACACAGAAAUAUAACCGCUAACACAGAGCACGACAGCUUUGACAUAUGGGAGUAUUUGGACUGCGUCACGCACAAUCCUACAGUAAUCAGAAGAGUGAGGAGCCACAACAACAGUGUGUGAAAUCCUGUUGAGGCAUUACUCCUCAGGCUUCCACUUGUGCCACAGCAGUGCCAAAAAGACAAAUGGUCUAUUGUGUCGGGAUGCAUUGUGGGUGAUAAGUUGAAGAGAUUUUGGAACUGUUGGACAAAUGUUUUCGUUCUCCAAUACACAUUCCUCUUUUGUUUCUUGUCUCUGUUAUGGAGUGAUUUUCACUGUGUUGCUAUGGUUACUCAUUGUAAUUGUUGCACAUUGUGAUCCUUUGCCAAAAGUGUUACGGCUUUCACUGUUAACCACCACACAGAAACACACACAGGAACACACACACACACACAAACACUCCAGCUUGUAGACUAACCAGGCUCGGUUGGAGUGCCUGGACCUUGACUGGUUUUUUUGAUAGUUGCUACGAAGCUUUCCGGUCUUCUGUAUAUAUUUUCCGCAUGGCCGUACCAAAGCAGGUUUGAGGAACACGAAACCAUUCGAAUGAAGCCGAACGCGGUGGUGACUUUUGUACGAAUCCAAAAAAUGCCAGUGCAUGUAGCAAAAACGCUUCAAAUCUGCUCGCACCAUUACGAAUCACCGGAUAUCUAUUUUUUGGUUCUCGGAGUGUCGUAAUACAUGAAGCGCUGUUGCUACUUUGAUAGACAUACUGUGUGAAGUAAAAGGCUUAUGUUGCACACUUGCAUGCAUUGAAACUAUCCAGUUUUCUAAUAUUUUGUAUUCAGUAACCUGCAGUAUACAGUAUGUAUAUAAAAGUAGCAGCAACUUGGCUUAUCGGUUAUUAUUAUUGUCGGAUCCAUGUUUCGAUGGACAUUUAUAUCCGAGACAUUGAUUUCAAGAAGGAGCAGUUCUUGCCCACUACCUCUAGUGAUCAGCAAGAUAAUUUAGAGGAAUCAAGAGAUUUAUUCACCUUAUUCCUACUUCCCUGUGAAUUAUUAGGGGAACAAAUUCAGGUUAUUUCUCCCCCGAACUGGUGUCUUUGUCAGCAAAUCUUUCACUUCUUAGAGAUUUUGAGGAAAUUUAUGAUGUAACCUGUCACUUAUUAUUGCUAAUUUUGGGUCAUUUAUUUGCUUUCUGAGAGUGAAAUGAGGAGAUCAGUGCUGUGUGGGAUAGGUGCACUUAAUACUGAUUACUUUAUACUGUAUAACAGCCUUUUUUUGUUUUUGCAUUUUGUGUUUGUGUGGAUUAAGCUGAUACAAUUGAACGUGUUAUUUAAUGAUUGUUAGAGGCGCUACAAGGUGGAUUUUGUUACCUUUAGGCAGAGCUGGAUUAGUAAUUUCCACUCCACUAAAACAAAUGAUUUAGCUGGCUGCUAGUGGUUUUGUAUUAAGUGUACAGAUGUUAAAGACAGAAAUGAAAACGGUGUCGAUCUCUCUUCUCAGGUUUCAGCAAGACGGCAAAUAAUCCGGUUCGGUUCAUUUUAGUGAACAAUAGCAUUCAAAGAUAAGCGGCAAAUUAAUCCAAAAAACAGAACCUUGGACCUGUUGACAAUUUGACUCUAAUUGACGCUAUAUAAAUGAAAUUGAAAUUGAAAUUGAAUUGAAAUUGAAAUUUUAGAGGAAAGAGUGCACCGAGUGCUUACCUUUACUCUGUGAUUGGGAUGGUCUCUUCCAGGAUUGGUUAGAGCACGACUGAUCACUGAAUAGUUUGAUGAAAAGAAUGUGAAUCACAUGCUAUGGUCUUUAUAUCUCAACACCUAUUGGAGAUUUUGGACCAGUGUGUUGGGCAGAGAUCUCCACCACCAAUAUCAAAACACCAAAUGAAGGAAAAAUAUUUUUGAAGAGUCAUGUUCAUCCCUCUAGCAGACUUCUGGGACUUAGACAAUCUGCCAAGAACCUGUUCUGGUGGCUUGAAGACACGAUAUGUUCCUUUAAAUUAUCACCUGUCUGUAGGUACAGUUACAUGUAGAUAGAAGUUCAAAAUACCAAAAGAAAAGCUAUAAUUGGAUCUGUUUGUCCUGAACAGCGACGUUGUUUAGCAUCUUUCAGCAGUUUUCCAUUGGGGUAUCUUUUUUUUUCUGUUACACUGUUUGAACCAAGGGCUGCACAGUAGAGUAGUGGUUAGCACUUUUGCCUUGCAGCAAGAAGAUCCCCGGUUCAAAUCCCAGCCUGGGAUCUUUCUGCAUGGAGUUUACAUGUUCUCCCUGUGCAUGCGUGGGUUUUCUCCGGGUACUCCGGCUUCCUCCCACAGUCCAAAAAUAUGCAGAGGUUAAUUGGUUACUCUAAAUUGCCCGUAGGUGUGAGUGCGAGUGUGAUUGUUUGUCUGUAUAUGUAGCCCUGCGACAGACUGGUGACCUGUCCAGGGUGUCCCCUGCCUUCGCCCGAGUCAGCUGGGAUAGGCUCCAGCACCCCUAGUGAGGAUAAAGCGAUGUAUAGAGAAUGGAUGGAUGGAUGUUUGAACUGAUGUAGCAAACUGUUAAAAGCAUAUUUCACAGUAGUUAAGCUUUUUCUCAGUGGCCUCAGAUAGCAAUAAAUUAACUUGUAGUUAGCCAAGCGAUGUUAUGAUAUGAGAUAUACAAGAUGGUACUGCAGCUUUUUUAGUAGAACAUGUUGAUUUUUUUUUUACUCUGUAAGCAUCAGAAGUUGGUAAUUGCUUCACUGUCUUUUGGAAGCAACUAAAUGAACAAAACAGCUGAAUCUGUCAAGUAAAGUCGGGUAUUUUUAUUUUACUAUUCUUUGAGGGGCUUUACAAGCUGUCCAGCAUCCAUCACCCUCUCUUUAGGAGGUAAAAUUCCUUACAAACUUUGUAACGGGAAAAUCAGAGACAUGUAGUAAAGCUGCAUAUGAAUUCUGGGUAUCAUCAUCUGGGAGAAUGUCCAGCAUCUCCUCGGUGCUACCAAAGAGACAAAGUGACCUCCUCUUCAGUAUGGAGUUCUGGAAAGAGGACAAACUACACUGACAUGAAACCAUACAGGAUAAAAGAAAGAAUACAGCACAGAGAAGCCUGAGUGAAAAGAAGAAUCUACUGUACUGCUACCUGAGGCCACUUCUUAAGGUCGUCCAUUCAUUUUUCCCUUUUUUUAUGCAUUAAUGUAUAGAUUAUUAGUUUCCCCCCAAAUCUCUAAGAAAAGAGAAGACACCUGCUGCGUCUAAAUCCUCAGAUGCGAAUUAGUUUCCUUUGUAACACACACAAGGCAUCAUGGAAGUAGGAAUGAAAUGGAUAGACAAAUCUGAAAUUAUGUGGGCUGAAAAGUAAUUCUGUUUUGUCGGUUUUCAUUUAUCGGUUGUAGACAGAGCGACUGCUUGUGUGCUGAUCUUAUAGCCUCGUCAACUCGCGUACUGCUGCAUGUGUCUAAAUAGAUGGGAGUUGCAGAGAGAGUCCACCAGGUAUCACGUCUAUCUCAAUGACAACAUCACGUAGACUGUAUCGAAUCUGACACACUGACAUUUUUUUCUGAGAUCGAGUCUUGUCCACUCAAGGAAUGAGCUUGUGAUUCUUCUUGUAUUUUUCUGCUGAUGUUUAUUAACUGGAGACUGGAAUACCUACUGCAUGGUGACUCUUCUAGAAGAUGCUACCGUCUUUAUAACAAGUAUCUUUUAUCAGUAUUUUAUAACCUUGUUAAUUUUAUAUAUCCACUCUACCUUGCGUUCCCAACUGGUAUGUUUACUUAUAGCUAGGUAUCAGAGAGCCGUGCUAUAUGUUCUGUACUGUGUGCUUGUCUGUAUGUUCUUUUCGGCGUGAGCUUUACUUUUUCUUUUUCAAGGCGUGUUCGUUGGAUUUGGUUCUCGGUUACACUGUGGUUAUUUUAUAGCUACGAUCUGAAAUUAUUAUUUUUCUUUUGUAUUUAAUGUCAACUUGUGGCAUGACUUUGAAAUAAAACAGGAAAAUCUA